AUGAGGUCUCAGGAUGACGAGGAGACCCCGCUCGUCGACGCCUCGAGCGCGCGCCCCCUGAAUUACCAGGGCCUUACCAGGCACGAGACGGACAAGAGCGUGGACACCGCAGCCGCUUCGCCCCUCCCAAGUCGAGCCAAAGCGCGUAUCCGGGUCGGAUUAGAUGCUGCUGUGCUGGAUAAUCAGAAGAAGUGGAAGCGCCUUUCGGACAUCAAAGACGACAAUAGUACGGCCAAGAGCAUGGCGAGUGAAGUGCAAUUCGAGUUCAUGAAGCACCGGCAACAGCUCGCACAUGAGCAAAAGACGCGGCUGGGAUCCGGGAUCCCGACGUACCAUUUGGAUUCGCCCGUGAAUACCGAGGAGGAAGCCGAAGAGGACGUGAUUCUAGUUGCUGAGGACUAUGGGACGUGUCUCGAAGAAGAUCGGUACAUUAUUGCCGCAGCUUUUAUCAAAGAUGGUAUCCACGGUCGCAAGAUUGGCUACCGUCUGGAUCGAGAUGCCUUGUUGUUGAACGAACUGUUCCACUCCGAGUCGUACCGGAUGAUGUACAUUUUUGUGGUCGCUGCCAUGUGUGCUAUGGCGUUCGUAGAGAGUCCGGGGGAUUUCGACAUCAACUCGUAUUUGCUCGUGGACUUGCUCUGUCUCUUUGUCUUUGGCGUGGAUCUAGCCAUUCGAUGGUACAUGAGCUCGGUCGAGACGCAGCACAAGUACAUCUCGAGACAGCCGUGGGCAGUCGUGAGAAUGAUCUUGCUGCUCGUCACGUGUGCUGACUUGCUCGUGAAUCUGCUCUUCCCGACGAUCAACCCGUAUCGAUUUUCUAGAGCGUUGCGGCCGUUCUUUUUCAUCGCGAGAGGGAGGAACAUCCGCAUCAUUUUCUCCAGCUUUUUACAUGCACUACGAGAAGUUUUGAUUGUGCUAGGACUGAGCUUCUGCUUUGUCGCCUUCUUUGGACUCGUGGGGUACCUCAUUUUCUCGGACACGAGCGACGCCUCGGAUGCCAUGUACUUCAAUUCGCUCUCGUCGUCCAUGUACACCAUGCUGCUCAUACUGAACUGCAUGCCCUACAUGCCCAAGAGCAUGUACGCGUACUACAAGAUGACGCAUUGGAGCGCCGUUUUCUUCGUGCUCUUUGUCCUACUCACGAACUUGUUCCUGCUCAAGCUCACUAUUGCUGUCUCAUACAAGUCGUACAAGAAAAAUACGGAGAAUAUGCUGUACAAGCGUCUGCAGAAGCGCAAGGCCGCGUUGUUUGCUGCCUUUGAUAUCCUCGCUCAGAAUCUAAACUUUGACGACGAUGGACCGACGAACCAACCGGGAUCUGGUAGCACCCCUCUCAACGCGGCGAGCGACAUCAGUCUGGUUUCGGAUGCACCCAUGUUGAAUGCUGCGAAUCGGCGUGGAUCAUCGCGCUUUUUCCUUGGCACGCUUGACAAACGGGCAUCUUUCAGUGUCGCCAACCCGAAUCCGAACGCCAGCAUCGUGACUCCGGCAAACAAGCGCCACAUCUCGCUGGAAUCAUGGAUCAGUGUGUGUGAGUACCUCAAGCCUAAAUGGACCGCUACAGACGCUGAACUCGUGUUCAACACCGUGGACAUCGAGCACGUGGGCUUUCUGGACUUGACGGAUUUCUACCAGCUCUGCUCGCUACUCAGUGUAAAGCUUGAGCGUCCGACGCUCAUCUCGAACAGCCUGAUGCGCCGCUUUUGCACGCCGCGCCAACGCCAGUCUUUUCGUCGAUUCCGUGGACAAGUGCGCAGCACGCUGCUGUACGAGGUCCGUUUCUGUGGCCGCUAUAGAGUGCUUCUGGCCGAGCUUGUUGUCGGCGUGCUCAUUUGUCUCUCCGUCGUUCAGGCGGUGCAAGUGAACAACAUCCAGCUGGCCUUCUCUGUGAAUGACUCGUGGCGCUUGCUGGGGUUCUUCCUAUUGAACCUAUUCACGUUGGAGUUGCUGGUGAAGAUGUUCGCCUUUGGCUACAAUGAAUUCUUCACGCGGCCAUUCUGCAAGCUCGACUUGGCCGUCGUCAGUGUGGGCUGGUUGUUCUACGUGCUCACGACGCUUUCGAAACCACCGCAUAUUUCCUUGGUCUUCUACGAUAUGGCGCUAGCAGUGCGAUCGCUGCGGUUUUUGAAGCUGUUAAACUUGUUCCCGCCGUUUCACGAGAUCAUGUACACGAUGAAGGCAAUCGUGCCGCUGAUUAUGCAGCUGCUGCUGGUGAUCUUCAGCGUCACGUACGCGUUUGCUAUCGUCACACAAGCCAAUUACGGGGUCGCAUUGCGGGAUUUCCCGGCCAGCAAACAAUCGAUGUCGCCUGGUUGGUAUGCACAGCGCGAGGAAUUUCAAGCAGAGACGUUCGAGCAGACACUGUUGACGCUAUUUGGAGUCGCGAAUCUUGCUGGAUGGGAUGCCGUCAUGGACGCUGCUCAUGCCGUGACGGGCUCGAACUCGACGUACGUCUUUUUCUUUGCGUACCGCAUCACAAUGAGCAACAUCCUGCUCCCUAUUUUCGUUGGUUUCCUAGUCGAGUCGUUUGUCUCGAAUGCCAAGACGGUGGAGUCGACGAUCCAGACGAGUUACGUGAAGUCGGCGCACCUCAUUCCGGUGGACGACGAGGAGAAUCGCAUGGCGCUACUGGAAUCACGCCACAUGCUGACUGACACGGAUAUUGCCAGCGUAGGCAAUGCCCAGCUCCUGUCCGCCCACUUGGCUCAUCCACCCCAUCGUGCAGAGAAGUUGCCAUUGUCGCCUGGCUCAGUGUCCGACUCCUCAGCAAGCGAAGUGCGCUUCAAAUACAAACGGCGUGGCAGUGUAGUGCACGAUCUGAUGUUUGACGCGGUCAAGCUCUCGGAUGUGAGUCGUCUGUCACUGCAGAUGGAGCAGAAGGAGGAGGAGCUGGCGCAGCAAGACAUUGAGAUCCGCAAGCUUGAAGGCAGCGUGUUGAGCAUGAAGAGCCGUCUGAGUCAGUCGCAGCACGUGAUUCUGGCCUACGAGUCCAAGCUCGAGCAGCUCAGUGCAGCAUUACGGGAGGCACAGGAGCGUCAGGUGGAGCUAGAAGCAAGGCACCACCAGCACCAGCAGCAGCAGCAAGGGUCCACAUCGAACGCUACAAGAGAACGAGGUGCUCGUCCGCGUGGCCGCGCGAGUUCAUGGAAGCUCUGGACCGCCAACGUCUAG